AGAAUAUAUAUCGUGUGGAAUAGAUUAAAGUGAAAAAAUGGAGGAGGAUAAACGAGUUCCGAUAGAUAGAGGCUGGGCAUGGGUGAUUCUUGUCGCAAACUUCAUUGUCGUGUUCCUGGUCAUUGGCUGUACCUCCUCCUUUGGACUUUUCUUUGCUGAGUUUAUGAGUGAAUAUAAGGCGUCCGCCUCUAGCAUCACCGUGGCAUUGUCGGUACAGACUGUCAUAUUCAGUUUCUCUUCUCUCUUUGCCAUGAAUUUUGGGUGUGGUCUGGCAUCUAAUCGGACUUACAUUAUACUUGGAGGUCUCUUUGGUUGCUCGGCAUAUGUCAUUAGUGCCAUAAUAAAGGACAUGUCCUAUCUAAUCCUAUCCCAUGGUCUAAUAUUUGGUAUAUCUUAUGGAUUUUCCUAUGGACCAGCACUGGUAGUUCUAGGCCGAUACUUCAACAAGAAAAGAGGAUUGGCGGCAACGUUAGGAAAUAUGGGAGCCAGCUUUGGAAGUUUGAUAUUCCCACCUGUCAUAAGGAUUCUCCUGGACAACUACGGUCUUAAGGGUGCACUUGUUGUCAUUGGAGGCCUCUUUCUAAAUCUUUGUGUAGCAGGAGCUUUGAUGAGGCCAAUUGCAUUCUAUAAAGAGCGGAUUAAAUGUACUACAGUAAAUUCAAAAGAACUUAUUUUGUCCCAGAACAUUUGGACAACGCACGAUGAAAUUGAAGGUGGUAGAAACCACACACCUAAUGUUGGAAAUCAUACGACAAUAGACAAUUGUUCGCAUUUCAAACUGACCCAAGAAAAUUGCUACAAAGGAAGGAUGUCAACUGUAAAAAAAGUUCUUCUUGAUAAAACAAAAACUAUAUGCAACGCAUCGAUAAAAUUUCAAGUUUUGCAAAAUUUGCUAUUCAGGAUGUGGAUUCCCGUAUGUUUUCUAGCAAUAAUCGGAUGUGUUCAGAUAGUGAUUUUUAUACCUCCACACGCUAAAGAUCUUCAAAUAGCAGAUAGUAAGAUUACUCUCCUGGUGAUCAUGAUAGGAGCUUCAAACUUGUUUUCUAAGAUUUUUGUAGCUUUUCUUAUCCAUCGUAGUUGCAUGACAAAAACUCACAUGAUGGCUGUUUCUUUGAUAAUAACCGGGGCAUCUUGUAUGUUCAUUUCAUUGUAUACAGACUUCUUGACAAUAUCAAUCCUAUCCGUAAUAUUUGGAUUUUUUGGAACUGUUUAUUUUGGUUUAUUUCCUGCUGUAAUUGCUGAAUUUGUAGGAGUAGAAAAUCUUUCCAGUGCAAUGGCGAUAAAUAUGUUAAUGCAGGGACUAGGACUGUCUAUUUCCAACCCAAUACUAGGAUAUCUAAGAGACACAUCGGGAUCUUUCUAUGCUUCCUUCUAUGUCAUGGGAUCAACUCUUAUUAUCAGUGGAGUAAUACUGUUCUUGGAACCUCUGUGUAGAAAGUUAGAAAGAAGAAGAGCUGAUUCUAAAAACAUAGAACAAGAAGUUGUUGUUACACCAUAA